UGUUCGUGCAGCUCCCCGCGCAAAAGCAGAGCUUCGAUAUGAUUUUGCCGUAUUCGGCGAUGACAAUCCAUCCCGCCCGCCCCGCCUCGGGACAGCCACUCUCGAAUGCGGGACCACCUCCCCUCGAUGCUUCCGUCCUCCUCACCCAUCAAUCCCACUUUCCUUUAAGCAUAAUCCUUUCCAACACUUACCAAUUCCUCCCCCCAUCUCUCCCAAAUCGCCACCCCGCAAAAAUGACCACUAUCAAAGGCCCCGGAGCUGCGGAGACAUUCGACGGCUCGGGUCUGCGCAUUGCCAUUGUCCACGCUCGCUGGAACACGGCUAUCAUCGAGAACCUUGUCGCCGGUGCGAAAAAGAGCUUGUUCGCCGCUGGUGUGAAGGAGGAGAAUAUUACUAUCCAGACCGUUCCUGGUAGCUACGAGUUGCCUAUCGGUGUGCAGCGCCUCUAUGCCGCCUCCCAAGUCCAAGCCAGCAACACCGGUGAAGGCAUCAGCGCAACGGAUCUCCUCUCCUCCUCAACCACGGACCUCAGCAAGUCUACAACCGCGACCUCCCCCAAGAGGCCCUUCGACGCGAUCAUCGCCAUCGGCGUGCUGAUCAAGGGCGCGACCAUGCACUUCGAGUACAUUGCCGACGCAGUCAGCCACGGACUGAUGCGUGUGCAGCUUGACACGGGCGUUCCCGUCAUUUUCGGUCUCUUGACUGUCCUGACAGAGGAGCAGGGUCUUGAGAGAGCCGGUCUUGGAACCAGUGGGAUGCAUAACCAUGGAGAGGAUUGGGGUAGUGCGGCUGUUGAGUUGGGUGUUAAGAGGCAGGAUUGGUUGGAGGGGAAGAUUCUGUAAAAAAAAAUCGGGAGAAAACCUAACAUUUGGUGAAUUAAACUCU